GAGACUAGAGAGAGACUAGAGGAGAGAGCUUGAACAGACGAAGAAACACAACCAUGGCGGGAACCGAUACGCAGAAGCAGCUUCUCUCUCUGAUCCGCGAUUUCACCUCGGAACGAUCUCGUGGAGAGCAAAGAGUUGUUGGAUUGAAGAAACGGAUCGAGGUUUUACAAUCGGAGGUUGAAUCAGCGAAUUCAGAACUUGAGAAAGCGAAGCGUAUCAAAGAAGUUGCGGAAGAAGAGCUUAAUGGUUACGAAGUUGAAUUGUCUUUUAACGAUGCUACGAUUCAGUCUCUGGAGGCGAGGAUUGGUCAUCUUCAGGAUGAAGUUUCUAUUAUUGGCAAUGAAGUUGAUGCUCGUAAGAACAAUGAAGGAUUACUCAGAGAUCAGUUUAUAAGCCAAAUGGAAGAUCUGAACAAGGAAAUCAGGGAGUUCCAGCGAACAGUAGAAUCGAGUUUUAGCAAUGGUGAUAGUACUGGCGUAACUGCAACAGAUGUCAAAGCUUUUGAGGAUGGUUAUGAAGUUGAUUCAGAAGCUAUUAAGAAUAUGAUAUCUGAUGUAAAUUCCCAAUUAGCAAAAGAGGAAGAAGGAUACCUGGUUGAGCAGAAGAUACAAGAACAGCUGCAGAAGGAGCUUGAUGAGUAUGAGAAGAAAAUGUCACUCAUGGAGGCCAUAACAGAGAAAACAAAUUCAGUUCAAGUUCUUGCUAAGCAGACUUCUGAGUUGGAACAGAUAUUGGCUUCACUCGGAGAGGAGCUGCAAAAGAGAUGUCGUUGCCAACAAUGCCAGGCAGAAAAUUUGGAAGUCUUGAGCUUACUUCUUCAGGGAGAUCAAGAUAUGGAAGUGUCGUAGUUAAAGCCAAGGAAAGUUUGAUACACUCAGGUCUCAAGAUGAUUCAGAGUCCAAAGCGCUUGUUGCCUCGUCUAAAAGGAGAAUUAUUGGUGAUUUAAUUAUCGCUCGCGCAAUUGCAAUCCUUUGCUUCUGGCCUCCUGACAUUUGCACUCCUCUCUCUCCAACCUUUUAUUGUGUUCAUAAAAACAGCAAAACUAUAAUUUUUAGUAUCAAUUGUAAGAAAAUGAAACUAUAAUUUUUUUUUUUUACUACCAAAAAUAGACUAAAAU